GCAUUAUAGGGUGGAGGGCGCUCUCUGGGUGGUUUGUACGUGGAACGUAAACAUCCGGAGAAGAAGAAGAAGAAGACGACGAAGAAGAAGAAGAAGCUCUUCUCAAUCCCCGCCACCUCCAUUUUUAAAUUCUUACUCACAAUGCCCUACUCGAGGAGUAGCGAUCGCCGAGAGGGAGUAUUCGAACAACCCACGCCAUCGAAGCCGAACCCUCCCCCAAACCCUAACCCUAACCGUUCUCUUCCUCCUCUUCCCGAUCCGCCGCCGCCGCCGCCAUGUUGCGACGACGGCGCAAGCACUCCGCCUCCUCCUCCUCCCCCGCCGCGGCCUCUGCCAAGAAGAAGGACCGAUCGGGGCGGGGAUCGGUGCAUCCGAAGCCGACCUCGGCGUCGAGCGCCGGGAGGAGCGGCGUCGGCGGAGGGUCUUCGGAGCCAGCGCCGGCGCCGGCGCCGGCGGAGACGCCCCCCGCGGCGGCGAAGGGGGCGAAGAGGAAGGGCGGGGCGCGGCUGUGGAUGCGGCUCGGCCGCGCGGGUCGCUCGGAGAUCGUGGAGCUCGACAAGGGCGCGAUCGUCGCGCGCGUGGGGAUCCCCGCGCGCGACCUUCGGAUCCUCGGCCCCAUCUUCUCCUACUCCUCCAACAUUCUCGCCCGGGAGAGAGCUAUGGUUGUGAAUCUUGAAUUCAUCAGGGCCGUAGUUACUGCCGAAGAAGUGCUGUUGCUGGAUCCCCUGUCUCAGGAAGUCCUUCCUUUUGUCGAUCAACUGAGACAACAUUUCUCUAUGAAGAAUCCUGUUGAGGCAGCUGAAAUCGAGCGGGAACUGCCGUUUGAGUUCCAGGUGCUGGAGAUUGCGCUGGAUGUCGUCUGCUCAUGCUUGGACGCAGAGACUGCUGAACUCGAGAAAGCUGCCUACCCUGUUUUAGAUGAACUAACUAAGAAGGUGAGCAACAAGAAUCUCGAGAGGGUGCGGUGCCUGAAGGGCGAUCUUACUCGUUUGCUCGCACGUCUCCAGAAGGUUAAGGAUGAAAUUGAGCAUCUUUUAGAUGAUCAUGAAGACAUGGCACAUCUGUGCUUAACAAGGAAGCAGAUUCAGAAUCAGCAAUUCGAAGCCUUGACGGCUUCUGGGGCUUCUAAUAGCAUUGUUGCAGCUGGAACAGAUAGCGCAAAACAUAACCCUAAUUUCCAGAGUAAUGCAAGCAUUAUCACAAGUAUAUACGUAGAUCAUGAUGUGGAGGAUCUGGACAUGUUGCUUGAGGCUUAUUUCAUGCAGCUGGAUGGAACCCGCAACAAGAUCCUGUUGAUUCGCGAACAUAUCGACGACACGGAGGACUACAUGAACAUCCAACUCGACCACCGGCGUAACGAACUUAUUCAGCUCCAGCUGAUACUAGCGGUGAUAUCCUUCGGCAUAGCUCUUGAGACAUACAUCGCAUCGGCUUUCACGAUGAAUUUGCCGUGCAGUUUCUACCAUGUUUACGGCCUCUUUUGGCCCUUUGUGGUUGGUUCCUCGGGUUUCUCCUUCUUGAUUUUCCUCGCCUUGAUGGGCUAUGCCUGGUGGAUGGAACUGCUUAGCCCUUAAAAAUGAGAUCUAAUGCGCAUGAAUUAGUCGAAACCCACCGCUAGAAUGUGUAAAUGUUGGCCAACAUCAUUUCUAUCUCUGUGAAUUGAAUAAGUGGAACCUCAGA